CCAACCCCUCCCCCUCCAGAUCCCCAAAAAAUCCAAACGCUCCCUGGAAACCUCCCCGGAAUGGAGGAAUUCGGGGAAUUUGGGGAAUUUGGGGAAUUCCGGGACCUCCUGGGCUCCCUGGACUCGCUGAAAUCGGAGCUGGAGCGGCUCCGGAACCCGCCGGGCUCGCGGGACCACCCUGCCAGGACCUGCCAGGACCUGCGCCUCGCCCACCCCCAACUCCCCGACGGGGAGUAUUGGAUCGAUCCCAACCAGGGCUGCGCCCGGGAUUCCUUCAGGGUUUUCUGCAACUUCACGGCGGGAGGGGAGAGCUGCGUCUUCCCCGAGAGCGAGAGGGAUUGA